AUGAAGGAUGUGUUGACCGCCAUCCUCUUCAUCAUGUUGAUGGUCCUUCCGAGCCAUGGCGCUUUUGGGGUUGAGCUCUUCGGUGCCGGCUCGCCCGAGGUGGCCCUCGCCUUCUCGACCCUGGCCGAAGACUACCUCUUCACCCGAGACGACGUCAGUAUCAAGUACUCCGAAAUGGGGACGAGCAGCGUGUUGACCGCCUACGGUGAAGGGUUGGUGGACUUUGCGAGCUUUGACCGGGCGGUGCCGGCCGACUUGGUGGCCAAGUUCGGUGACUAUGUGCAGUUCCCCAUCGUCGGGGUGGCCCUCACCAUGGCCUACCGCCUUUCCGAGUUCAAUGCCUCCGACCCCAACAUCACACUGGACAGGGAGACGCUGGGCCGGAUAUGGUCGGGCUCGAUCUCGUCGUGGAACGAUUCGGCCAUUCAGCAGCUGAACCCGCUCCUGGCAGCGCGUCUGCCCAACAGACCCAUCCAGCUGGGUCUGGUCGACGACAGCGCACUCUCGGUCUCGCAGAUCGCCAAGAUCGGCCUCUCCAGCUUCUCCGCCGAGUUUGCGGGCGCGCUCGCGGCCGCCAACAACACCUUCGCCCUCAUGGCCCCGCUGUUCGGCGGCCGCGCCACCGUCUUGUCCACCAACACCUCCGCUCGCACCAAUUUCCUCAAGAACACGGAUGGCGGGAUGACCUUCAUUACGUAUCCGGAGGCGGUGGCCGAGGGCCUGCGGUGGGCCAACAUGAUCAACCUCGCCGGCCAGGAGGUGGCGCCCGGCCCCGACGCGGUGCGGGCCGCCAUGCAGGACUUCACGCCGGCCUACAACGCGGGCCAGUUCGCGGUGGACAUCGUCGAUGGCAACGGCUCGGCGUCGUGGCCGCUCGCCUUCACCUCCUACUUCUCGCUGUCGCGCAACAUUACAGCCGUAGACUGUACCAACGUCGAGGAGCUCCUCAACUGGCUCGCCUGGGUGCUCACCAACGACGCAGCCGAUUCGGCGCUGCGGAAGGUCAAGUUUGCGCCGCUGGACACUGUGCUGGCGACGAAGCUGCUGGCGCUGAUGAACACGGUUCAGUGCAACAGCGAGCAGGCCUACGUGACGUCGUACAUUGUCGGUACCGGGCCGGCGAUGCCGAUCUACACUUCGUGGUCCGUGGCCUACGCGGCCGAUGACGUCGACGUCAAGUACUACACCGACGACGACGCCACGGCCAAGCAGCAGCUGGUUGACUACGACGAGGACUUUGCCGCUUCGAGCAACGGCCUGGCCGCGGCCUGGCGCGACAAGAUGCCCGACGCGGCGCUGAUGCCUGUGAUCGCCUACGCGAUCGUGCCGGGCUACCACCUGCCGGAGCUCGUAGGGCUGACCGAGCCGCUGGUGCUCAAUUUCGACACCCUGGCGGCCAUCUACGAGAACAACCUCACCAUGUGGGACGACGAGCGCAUCAAGGCCAUCAACUCGGCCGUGGUGGCUGCCGCGCUUCCGCACCAGGCAAUCGUGGUCAUCACCGAGUCCAUCGACUCGGCCGUCACGCACCUAUUCACCUCCGUCCUGAGCGCCACCGUCCCCGAAUUCAACGCCACGGUCGGUACGGGCACGCUGGUGAACUUCCCGGUGCUGGCCGCAGGCAAUCGCUCCAUCACCACGGCCAGCCCGACGGGCGUCAUCGACGAACUCGUGGCCACGCCCUAUUCGUUCGCCUUCUGGGACCUCUAUGACAUCACGCUCUCGAGGAGCGUGAGCGCGGCGUCGCUGAUCAACACCUCGGGCAAUACAGUUGCGGCCAACGUCGACUCAGUGGUGAGCGCCAUCAAUGACUACCUCGCCUCGAGCGCCACCCACGCCUUCGACACCCUCUCGCUAGGUGGCGAAGGCGCGGGCAGCUGGCCGCUGGCGGCCUUCGGCUCGUUCUUGUACCGGUCGACCAGCAUGACCGACUGCGUCAAAGCGGCCGCCCUGGCCGACUUCCUCUUGUGGACCCAGACCUCGGCCACCUCGCUCCGCAUCGCCAAACGGCAGGGAUUUGUGCUGGCUUCGUCCGAUGCCGAGCUCAAGAAGCGGUUCUUCGAUCAGCUCAAGGCGUUCACCUGCGCCGGCGUGCCGGUGAGCAGCGUCUACGGCUGCAUCUCCGGCAGCGGCUCCGAACUGUGCUCUGGCUUCGGCUCGUGCGUGAGCAACUCGUGCCUGUGCAAUAGCGGCCGCGAGGGCCAGUACUGCCAGCUGGUCUCUUCAUCAUCGGCCGCCGACUCGCUGGCGGUCAUUCUCGGCGUCGUGCUGCCCGUGGCGGCCGCCAUUGCGCUGCUCCUGUGUCUAGUGGCGGUGGCUGCGUGGUACUGGGCGCGCCUGCGCCGCGGGGGCCGCGAUGACUGGGAAAUCAACUACGACGAGCUCGAGGUGGGCGAUCUGCUCGGAUCGGGCGGCUACGGCGAGGUCCACCGGGCCAUGUGGAAGGGCACCGAAGUGGCGGUCAAGGUCAUCGCCUCGGAAAAGAUCACCAAGGAGAUGGAGAAGAACUUCAAGGAUGAGGUGCAAGUUAUGACGGCGCUGCGGCAUCCCAAUGUGGUGCUCUUCAUGGCCGCCUCGACUAAGGCACCCCGCAUGUGCAUCGUCAUGGAGUACAUGGGCCUCGGCUGUCUCUAUGAGCUAUUGCACAAUGAACUCAUUCCCGAGAUUCCAUUCCCGCUGAAAGCCAAGAUGGCCUACCAGGGCGCCAAGGGCAUGCACUUCCUCCAUUCCUCGGGUACCACCAUCACCACUGCAAAUCCAUAA